AUGUCAUUCUCCGUCGAAGGAAGAUCUGCUAUCGUAACAGGGGCGGGCUCGGGGAUUAACUUUGCCUUUGCCAAGCUACUGUUGGAGAACGGAUGCAAUGUACUCAUUGCUGAUCUAGCGCUUCGUCCGGAGGCGCAGGGACUCGUGGAAAAAUACUCAAUACCAUCCAGUGCCCCACGGGCCGUCUUUCAGAGGACCGACGUGACCGACUGGAAACAGCUUGAGUUGAUGUUCGAGGUCGCCGAGAAGGAGUUCGGGGAAAUCGAUGUAGUAUGCCCGGGGGCUGGGGUCUACGAACCGCAUUGGAGCAAUUUCUGGCGCCCUCCUGGUACUCCGGAAAGUCGGGACCCGCAACAUGGCAAUCGAUACGCCCUGCUAGAUAUCAACUUAACACAUCCGAUUCGCACCACGCAACUUGCUUUAGCCCAUUUCGUUCGUCGUCGGACGAGCGGACGUCCUAAGCAUAUUGUUCAUAUCUCCAGCAUUGCGGGCCAGAACCCAGCCUUGGCAGCUCCAAUUUAUGUCGCUACUAAACACGCUAUCAACGGCCUUGUGCGGUCGUUGGGUAAGCUUGACAGCAAGUUCGGAAUUCGCGUGACAGCCGUUGCCCCUGGCGUGAUCAAGACCCCCUUGUGGACCGACCAUCCGGAGAAGCUAAAGAUCGUUGAUACUGCGAAUGAUGAAUGGGUCACUCCCGAGGAGGUAGCUCAAGUCAUGCUAGCUCUCAUUCAACAGGACCAGAUAUCAGGUUGGUUGUUAUCCCACUCUCUUACCUUCGCCGGUUAG